AUGUUUCCAUCGUGUGCCGAGCGAUCGGGCUCGAAUGGGAUGAAUUGGGCACCUAGUUCUAGCAUUUCUGGAAAUAGUUCAUUGAUUUUUUUUUCAAAAAUUUUGGCUAAAAACAGGGCUGUCCAAAACGAAGGCCGGGCCUCGGCCGGCCUCGAAAAAGCCUCGGCCGAAGAAAAAAAGGCCUCGGCGCGCUCCAUUGAGAAAAAGCCUCGCGAGGCCUCGGCCGGCCGAGGCCGGCCUCGCAAAUGUGACUACGGUCAGCAAGUCGCAUAUUUUACGACAACAAAUCACGAUUUUUCGAGAGUUUUCUCGAUUUUUCCAUCGAUCUGUGGCGACAUGAACAUUUCGAACGCCAGUGAUGACACAAUUCAGAUGCCUCAAUGGUUCAUUGAUCCCAACAAAAUCGAUUGUGAAUUAGUGAUAAAGAACAAAAAGGAAGGAUUCGGCGGUUUUUAUAAAAAAUGCACUGAUAAACAGGGAUACAUGCGAGUGGUGUUUGUUCAUCAUGCGACCGGCGCAGAGAACGCCGUCAAAUUUUUAAAGUGUGAAUCUUGCUCGAGCAUUAUAGGAGAUAACGGUGGCCAUUUGCAGCGCCACCAGAAAAAACACAGUACAUCUGGAAAUUCUACGUCCCGUAACGUUUUGAAUGCUUCAAAACUGGAUGUAUCGAGAUUGCUGUCACGAUUUUUUGCCACCACUGGAAGGCCAUUGCACGAAAUGGAAAAUUCUUCGUUUAGAACGUUGGUCGGCGAUUUAUUGAAUCUCGGCAAGCGAAUGGAUCCAACAUCAGUACCAAUGUCGCUUAUUCCCAGCAGAAGUUCUACGCGACGGUAUACCUUGGAAAAACUGGACAAUGAAAUUGCAAAGUUGCGAACUCUGGUGAUAAUCGACUCAUGGCCAUUUGUAAAAGGGAAUUUUCAGGUGUUGCCUAUUGCGAAAUCGGGAUACCUAUCGUUCAUGGCUGAUUUUGGAAGAGUUCACGAAGAUUUUUUGUGCCUGAAGGCUUCUUAUUUGGAAGAAAGGAUUGACGAAGAUGGUAGUCUGAAAUGGGUGACACUCGUCGUUCCAAUCGCCUAUAUGUCAGUGUCCGGAGAUUUGAAAGAUGCGAAUAAUAUUUUCAUUAUGAUCAAACAAGCCGUUUUGAAUUUUUUUGGCGAAGAUUUGGAUUUGAAGACUGCAUUUUUAACAGCGGACGGAGCUCAUAAUAUUCGUCGCUGUGCAACAGAUCAUUUUAACCAAUAUGUCCGCUGCUUCGCUCAUGCGACUGAUAUCAUUGGAAAACGAACACUGCUUCCUUAUAAAUCAACAAUAGUUUCCCCUCUUGAACGAUCGAUUUUGAAAAACUAUUCCGAUCUCCUGGAAUUGUGUCGACUGUUCACAAUGAGUCUCAAAAAGGACCGAGCGUUGUACAAGGAAAUUGGCGUGUCUCUUUUGGAUGUAGUCCCAACACGAUGGUUCUCUGGAUUUAAGUGUCUUGUUGCGGUUUACAAAAACAUUGACAAAUUAGGAUCCUUUAUUGCCGAGAUGACCCCAACUUCUGCUUCGCACCUGGACGAACUGCUAAAAAUAGAAAAUAGAAUCAGAUACAAAGAACUAUCUGAUGUAAUGGAUCCAUUACUACAAUCGAAUACAUAUUUCCAGGAGAAUUCGGACAGUUUGAAAGAUGUGGCUGUGUUUGUCGUUAGCUUAAUGGAUGAAUUUGAUCGAUUUUCGGUAGCUGGAGAGAAAGAGGUUCUUGUCAAAUUCGCGAAACAAGCAACGAGAAAAAUGUGCACAGAUCUCGAUACCAUUCAUUUUGUAGCCACCUAUUUGAAUCCUCCGUCUAAAGAUUUACAUGAGUUACAAUUGAGAUACGAUCGGCAUCAGAUUCCGAUUGAUAUCGUGAACGAUGCUCAGAAGCUUCUGGACGAUUUGGGAAAAAGUUUUGAGGAAAUGAGAUAUCAGGCGCCACCACAAAGCCAACCACCUGCACGUCAUCUCACUUUCCUUCAACGUACUCUGGGCGGAUCAAGCGCCCCAAAAAGCAGUUCGCUUCAUCAAGAACAGCAGCAAUACGAGAGAGACACCAGAAGUAUGCCUGCAUCAAAAUUUUGGCCUCUGGCAAAAAGCUCCUAUCCAAUUUUGCACGAAAUCGCCCGAAAAGUUCAUGCGAUUCAAGCUUCGGAAGCAGAUAUGGAAUCCUCCACAAAACCCACACAAAUCUCAAUUUUCAACAUACUCGCUGUGAUUUGCUCAGCGACUUUUGCGAUAUAUAGUGCGAAAAUUGUGUCGGCAAUUUCAAAAGUAAAAUCUCUGUCUAAAUCUCCGCCAAACCCAAAAAUCGUCGCUUUAAAACUCAAAAUCAGCGAAUUGAAACGAGAAUUACACGGAAUUUCGCCGACAGGAGAGUUUGCAAAGUACUUUAAGAAAGAUCGGGAAUUGAACAAGGCCAAUGAUGAAUUGAGCGCCCUGGAAGCCGAAAAUGGUACUGAAACAGCGAAAAAUCUGAAAAUCGACACUGUCGUCCGAGUUUUGCUGCAAGUUUCCGCACUGGCUCUGCUGAGAUAUGUUUCUGGUAUCACGGCAUACUGUAUUCCGGAUACCAUUUUCUGGCCGUUUAACGUCCUGGUUCGGUUUCCCGCCAUUUUUGGAAACGACUCGUGUCCAACUGAAUUCGCCGAUGUCUCCGGAUUUGCGUUGGCAUUUUUGAUGAUCCAUUUGCUGAAUUUAGUCUGGAAAACCGUCCAAUCUCUCACUGAAAAAGUGCCACAAAGUGCUUCUGAAAAUGCUGAAAAUGCUGAAAAUUCGACGGAAUCGAAGAAAAAUAAUUAA